GUGAGGUAUGGAAGAGUAGGUGUGUGUUGUCGCCAUGUUGCGUAAACUGACCGAGGAGCAGAUUAACGACUGGUUCGCUAUAGGCAAAACUGUGACUGACGUCGAGUUAUUGGGCGGCACACUGCCCAGUCACUCCCGUGCCCCUCUUGCUAUGCAGGAGCCAUUAGCAGCUGUAGGGCUGCCUAUCACAGAGAGCGUUGGAACUGAAUAUGCUGAAAAAUGCAGACAGGCAAAGUCACAAGAGCAAGAAGUAAUUGGAAAUGACCAGCUUGUCUAUAGAACAGAUACUUCACUGGGUCAGUGUGAAUCAAGUGCUCUGACUUUUGUACCGAUAAGUAACGAUAAAUGUCUGGAUUUGCCUUUAGCCAAACACAGAGAAGAGAUAGUGUCUCUGAUAGAAAACAAUACAGUUGUGAUUAUACAAGGAGCAACUGGCAGUGGUAAGAGCACACAGAUUCCACAAUAUAUUUUGGAUUAUUGGUUUGAGAAAUCUGUCUACUGCAACAUUGCUGUUACCCAGCCUCGGAAAAUUGGUGCCAGCAGCAUUGCCAGGUGGAUUAGCAAGGAACGAUCAUGGAGACUGGGUGGAUUUGUAGGAUACCAGGUGAGUUUAGAGAACAUUUCCACGAAAGAGACAAGGUUGCUGUACAUGACAACUGGAAUUCUUCUUCAGAAAGUAGUUAAUGCCAAAAACCUAGCUGAAUUCACACACAUUUUCAUUGAUGAGGUGCAUGAGCGUACAGAGGAAAUGGAUUUCUUGCUCUUGGUGAUCCGUAAACUAUUGCAAACAAAUUCCCAACCUGUAAAGGUGAUAUUGAUGUCUGCUUCCAUCAACUGUAAAGAACUUGCUGAUUACUUUGCACUUCCAGAUGAGAAUGGUCUGAAUCCACCCUGUGUAAUUAAGGUGGAAGGCAAACCUUUUGCAAUCGAAGAAUAUUAUCUUGAUGAUUUGAAACACAUUGUGAAGUUCAAGCUUCCUACUCAAAUAAUUGAGGAACCAGUGAUAGUAAGGGAAAUGUAUGAAAUAGCAAUGUCUUUGAUCCAGUCAUUUGAUGAGUUAGAGAUGGAGAAGAACAGGGAGGAAAAAAACUUGAGUGUUACAUCAGAACGUGGAAGUGUGCUAGUAUUUUUACCAGGUUUGUGUGAAAUAAGAUACAUGCAGUCAUGUCUCUCAAGUAAGUUCAACAAAAGGUGGCAAGUGUACCCACUUCACUCAGGUGGGACAUUAGAGGAACAAAAUAGUGCACUUUUGGCUACAGUUCCUGGCUACAGAAAAAUUAUUCUGUGUACAAACAUAGCUGAGAGCUCUGUAACAGUUCCUGAUGUUAAGUAUGUGAUAGAUUUCUGCUUAACUAGAACUUUGGUUUGUGAUGAGGAAACUAAUUACCAGAGUUUGAGACUUUGCUGGGCAUCUAAAACAAACUGUAAUCAAAGAAAAGGUCGUGCUGGACGUGUUUCCAAAGGGUAUUGUUAUAGGCUUAUAUGCAAGAACUUCUGGACAGACUCCAUUCCAGAGCAGUCAGUACCUGAGAUACUGCGUUGUCCAUUGGGAACUACAGUCUUAAAAAUAAAAAAGCUUGAUAUGGGGGGACCAAAAGCCUUGCUGGCAACAGCUCUGUCUCCGCCCAGUGUAGAUGACAUUGAACGUACCAUACUUCAGCUGAAAGAGCUGGGAGCGCUUACGAAUUGUGUGCAAACAGAAGAUGACCCACAUGAUGGUGAGCUGACUUUCUUAGGAAGGGUAUUGGCACAAUUGCCAGUGGAUCUGCAUCUUGGAAAACUGAUAGUCCUUGGGCAUGCCUUUGGGUGCUUAGAAGAAUGCAUUAUUAUAGCUGCAGCACUGUCUUUGCGGAACUUUUUUACAUCACCUUUACAACAGCAAGUUGAUGGAUACAGGAACAAACUGUUUUUUGCUGGGAAUAGUAAGAGUGACUGCAUUGCAAUUGUGAAUGCUUUUAAGGCAUGGCAGGCAUGCAGUCAAAAAGGGGAGCUGAGACAUCCCAAGAAAGAGCUUGAGUGGGGUCAAUCAAACUGUAUUCAUAUCAAGAAGGUCCGGGAGGUGGCACAGUUAUUUCACAACUUGAAAGAGCGAGUCAGUGCAUUUAACAUGCAUGUUAAUGCUCAACCAUCUGCUGUGGAUCAGGAAUGUUUAUACAAACAACGCUUCAUUUUGCAGGUUGUGAUAGCUGGUGCUUUCUAUCCAAACUACUUUACUUUUGGGAAAUGUAAUGAAGAAUGUGCUGUGAGAGACCUUGCUGGCAAAGAUCCAAAAACGACUGUAAUGCUGAGGAAUAUUCCUCCCUAUGGAUAUCUAUACCAUAAACAGUUGCAGUCACUGUUUAGACAGUGUGGGCAGGUAAAAUCUAUUGCCUAUGAUGGAUCAAAGGCUUUUGUGGAGUUCUCCCGUAACCCAAUGGAGGGCUUUAAGAUUCUUCCCGCAGUAUACCUGUCAGUCAAGAUGUCACAGCUGAAAAGUCCUCUUUCACUGAAUGCUUAUCAUCUAAAUGAUAUUGAAAAGCAAUUGCAAGGAGUCACAGCUCUGAGUGUGGAAUCUCUAAGAGUAAAUGUGGACUGUCAAAAGCAGAGUGUGGAGCCUGUGGAAAUUUCAUUUGGUGCUUUACAACAGUUAAAGAUGAUCCCAAAUCGUCUUCUGUCCAUCAAGAUAACAGAGAUAGUAGAAGUUGGACACUUUUGGGGUUACAGGACAGAUGAAAAAAACAGAACUGUACUUCAGGCUCUAACUGAUGAAAUUAACUACCAGAACCUGAUGGAUUUGCCAGUGUCUCCACAUCCAGAGAUGGUUUGUCUGGCACCAUUCACUCAUCUGGAAGAUGGAGGAUAUUGUAGAGCUCGUAUUCUGUAUGUUUGUGGAGAUUUUGCUGAGGUGUUCUUUGUGGAUUAUGGCAAUAGAUCAAAAGUGCCUUUAAAGAAAUUAAAAAGGAUUCCAAGCUCUCUUCAAGAGCUUCCUUUCCAGGCUUUAGAAUUCAAGAUGUGCAAGAUGCGUCCUUCUGCAAAAUCUCUUGUGUGCGGGGAACAGUGGAGUUACAGUGCUAACCAAAGAUUUGCCUCAUUAGUAAAUGGCUCUGCAAUUUUAGUGAAGGUGUAUUCACUUGUGCAUAGUGUUCUGCAUGUAGAUGUUUUCUGUUCCGAGGGGUACCAAGAGUUUGUGAAUAUUCGAGAUGUGCUUAUUGAAGAAUGUUAUGCUGAACUAGCAGAAGAAUCAUAUGAAUCACAACAAAGCCAUAGUUUGCUCAGGGAAUUAUUUUUGGACCAAGUAAAAGAACAGAAAAUGUCUGUAUCUUCAAGAAAGGAAGAAAAGCAUCUCCUUGAAAGAUUGUUAAACUGCUUUUCUGAACAUAAAUCUAAUGUGCCAAGCCAUAAGGUAACAGUUUUUGGCCCAUUCAGUCCGUAUGAGCUGAAAUGCUACAGUAUGACAAGAGUAUCCCAGUUCAGAAAAAUUCUUAUACAAAAGCAAAGCAUAAACUCUGUUGUUCUCCAUGAUGCUUCAGAAGAAACCUCUCAGCAGUUGUUGGUUUCUGCGUCUGUAUCAGCAAAUGCAACUGGAUCUGCUGUGAUUUUAGAAGAAACGUCUUUGAUGCCUCCUAUUCCUGGCCUGCUUCCACUCCUCAGUAUGCUGUUUGCUCCUGCUAUAGAACUAAGGGUUGAUAAAAGUGGAAAGUAUUUCACUGGUGUUUUGUGCGGUUUGGGUUGGAGUCAGAAUUCUGGAGCUCCCCUGCUUCCAGAAAAUGACAUGGAACUGACAUUUGAUGUGCAUUUUGGAGUGGAAGACAUAUCAGAGAUAAAUAUCCUAAGGACAGCCAUUAAUAAGCUGCUUUCUGAACGCACAGUGUGUUUUGAACAAACAAGAGUGACACAGCUGCAGGAGGAUGUUCGUCAGAAGCUUCUACGUUUAAUCUGCAAAUCAAAACCUCGAGAAAAAGUUGUUCCUACAUGGUACGAGAAGCCGUAUGCAUGGAAUCAGGUGCAUCCUCAGCAUAUUAUUGACCAGUCUGAAAAGCAGCAUGAAAGAAGAAAUGGUCUUUAUCAGCUACAUAAGCUUGUUUUGUUGAAUGCUUAAGGAUUUCUAGAAGUCUUUCAGAGGACAAGGAAUUGCAGCUAGUCUGAAAAGUUUUUCUGUCUUCUAUGUAACCCUUGGACUCACAUUUUGCAAGACUGUUUCUUGAGAUUAGUGUAAGUGUACUUAAAAUACAGUUUGGAACAUGUUAAUGCAUUUUUAGAAAGCUAAGGUUUGCUGACCUAGAGCAGGUGAGUUUAUGAAUAAACUGGGGUAAAGCAGGAUGUAUUUUUCAUUUUAAUAAUACUUCUGAACAGGUUUAUCACAAGGUAUGUGAAAGACAAAAUCUAGGUUUAGUUGUUUGUUUUCUGUCUAAAGGCUCCUAAGCCAUAGAGCAUGAUUUUUUUGUCUUUAAAUACAAGUUGUAUUUUCCUGUUACUUUUCUCAUCAGCUUUUCAAAAAGCCAUGCAACAAAGGUUUUCCUUAACUGAAGAAAACUAGAAGACAAAGGAAACUUGUGAUCUAGAUUAUGUUCUUAUAAGAAGUAUGUUUUCAUAUAUUGGAUACAUUUUUUUCAU